GUACCGGUUUUACUAACAAUCCCGGAUCGGUUAAGUCAUAUGCAACAAAAAAUGCUCCUAAGCCACAAUUGACCAGGGGCAAAAGUAUUAAAUUGGAUUUUUUGGAUAAAGAAAGUACAUCAAUGGAUGAAUUAUGGGCAACAGUUGGCGAGAGUCCAGGUCUCUGUGCAUUUCUAUUGACAGUCAUCUCUGUGAUACUAAUCAUUGUCACUCUGCCCUUCUCAUUGUUUCUAUGUAUUAAGGUAGUACAGGAAUAUGAGAGAGCAGUUAUAUUCCGAUUGGGUCGUCUAGUUAGGGGUGGCGCCAAGGGACCUGGCAUAUUUUUUAUAAUACCAUGUAUCGAUUCAUAUUGCAAGGUUGACUUACGAACCGUUAGCUUUGAUGUACCGCCACAAGAGAUAUUAUCUAAAGAUUCAGUUACUGUUGCCGUCGACGCCGUCGUCUACUAUCGGAUAAGCAACGCAACGGUUGCGGUCAGUAAUGUCGAAGAUUAUGGCCGCAGUACUCGGCUGUUGGCGGCGACAACAUUGCGCAACGUUUUGGGCACCCGUGACUUGGCUCAGAUACUUAGCGAAAGGGAGUCCAUAUCGCAUAUGAUGCAGUCAUCCUUGGAUGAGGCAACUGAUCCAUGGGGUGUCAAAGUGGAAAGGGUCGAAAUAAAAGAUGUCAGACUACCCGUCCAAUUGCAACGGGCAAUGGCUGCCGAAGCCGAGGCCGCCCGCGAGGCCAGGGCUAAGGUUAUAGCAGCCGAAGGCGAACAACGGGCUUCGCGGGCACUGAAAGAGGCGGCCGAUGUCAUAGCGGAUACACCGGCCGCUCUGCAGCUCCGGUAUCUCCAGACACUCAACUCGAUUGCGGCCGAAAAAAAUUCAACCAUUGUUUUCCCGAUACCAAUGGACUUAUUCAAGGGUUUCCUAAAACGCGAGGAAAUAGCUUCAAGAGCCUCAUAA